AUGGCGACAAAAGUUGGCAAAGACGGCAAAAAGCCGGCGUCAGCGGCAACCAACCUCAUCGCUGGUGGAGGUGCCGGUAUGAUGGAGGCGUUAGUGUGCCACCCUCUAGACACCAUCAAGGUGCGCAUGCAGCUUUCACGACGUGGCCGCGAACCAGGCAUGCCCAAGCGUGGCUUCGUGGCGACCGGGCUCGAAAUCGUGCGCAAGGAGACGCCACUCGGCCUAUACAAGGGCCUAGGCGCCGUGCUGACGGGCAUCGUGCCCAAGAUGGCCAUCCGCUUCACCUCGUUCGAGUGGUACAAACAGGUGCUAUCGCAUAAGGAAACGGGCGUCGUCUCGGGUCAGAGCCUCUUCCUGGCCGGCCUCGCGGCUGGUGUUACAGAAGCGGUGGCUGUUGUGACCCCGAUGGAAGUGGUCAAGAUUCGGCUGCAGGCGCAACAUCACAGCAUGGCCGACCCGCUCGACAUACCCAAGUACCGCAACGCGGCGCACGCCCUAUACACAAUCGUCAAGGAGGAGGGCGCGGGGGCGCUGUACCGCGGCGUGUCGCUGACGGCGCUGCGCCAGGGCAGCAACCAGGCGGUCAACUUCACGGCCUACACCUACUUCAAGGAGUGGCUGUACCAGUGGCAGCCCGAGUACCGCGGCACCAGCCUCCCCAGCUACCAGACCACCCUGAUCGGCCUGGUGUCGGGCGCCAUGGGCCCGCUCAGCAACGCGCCCAUCGACACCAUCAAGACCCGCCUGCAGAAGAUGCGCGCCGAGGAGGGCACCACCGCGCUGCAGCGCAUCACGAGGAUCGCGGGCGACAUGUUCAAACAAGAAGGCGUGCACGCCUUCUACAAGGGCAUCACGCCGCGCAUCAUGCGCGUCGCGCCCGGCCAGGCCGUCACGUUCACCGUCUACGAAUACCUCAAGGAGAGGCUGGAGAAGAGCGGACCGGCCAUCCUGACGGGGGGAAGGUACGAAGAAUGA